AAGAAACCACAAAUAUUACCUUUGUGAUCAUGGAGCUUGAGCUAAGUCUUUCACCUCCUUAUCAAAAGACUCCAUCCAUCAUCAACAAAAGCUUCCAUGGUGGUGACGAUGAUCGAUGUUCUUCGACUGUAACACGAUUCCCUCGGGUUUCAUGGAAUCAAGACGAAGAUGAUGAUAACAACAAGAGAUUCUUCAAUGGUGAAUACCAGCAGGAUAUGGAUGGUGAUGGAGAAGGUUUAAUUGGGUGGCCACCAUUGCAUUCAUGGAGGAAAAGAUUCAUGGAAGAAAACCAUUCUGGAGGUGAAGGGUUUAAUGGGAGGGUGGAUGAAGAAGGUGAGAAUAUUAAUGUGAUGAAUAACAACUACAAUGAGUUGUUAUUUGUGAAGGUGAAGAUGGAUGGAGUUGGGAUUGCAAGAAAAAUUGAUUUGAAUGCUAUUCAUUCUUAUCAAAUGCUUACCUCCACAUUGAUCCAUAUGUUUCACAAGUAUGUAGAAAAUGAUGAAGAUGGUGCAAGUUACAAGCUCAUGUACCAACACAAAGAUGGACAUUGGCUUCUCGCGGGAGACAUUCCAUGGGAGAUGUUCAUUCAGACAGUACAACGUAUACAAAUGGUAAGAAAGUAAUGCUUAUGGAUCAUCUAUAGAAGCAAAGACGAAUCAUCCUCAAAUAUGUUUGUAUUUGUUGGUCUUGUAAUCUAAGUGGAAGGCUUGAUUUGCAUAUAAGCGAUUUUCUAAACUGUAUAUCGUGUUUUUCAUGUUGAAUCAGUCAAAUUUAAUACGGUUUUACGAGUAUUAAUGUAAGGGUUAUAACAUAAUGUGUCAAUAUUGUAUCGCAUUAUUCUUACAUCGAAAUUUUAUUUUAUCCUUCAGAUGAUGUAAUUACCCUUUU